UGUGUUUGCAUGUUCCUCUCUCGGGAAACAGCGGGGACGGAGAGGUGGAAUGGAAUCGGGACAUUUGGGAGGUUCAUAGCCUAUACCGUACGACAAAAUCGGUCAAAUACAUAACGGUUCUGUUUUCUUCGAUGCGAGUCGAGGCUGGUCGAAGGACUUUCGAUCGGUCCAUAUGUUUUUGUCCGUUUCCUAAUUACUGUUACGCGCGGCACGCAGCACCGCAGAGACCACUCGGACAGAGGGUCUUUGGCCAGUUCGUCAUCGCGUUCGUAGGUGUGAGAAUCUCGGUAUGCUUGGAAGAUUAUUAGUCUAUGCUGUGGGGAAUAUUUACAGGCUAUUUUGAGACAUUAGUAUUUGAAGGUCCCCUAUAUACUUGUUGAUGUGUUAUUUUAAAGAAUAGUGAACAUAUAGUGAAAGAGAAUAGAACGUCUUUUUUUGUCACGGACCGCAUCGCUGCGCGUCACCGAGUCCAGACAAAAGCGUUCAGCUCCACAGGGUACAAUUACAAAGGUAGCAGAGGAUGGGAAAAUAAAGCUUUGUCAUUGGCUGAGCUGACAGCAAGACCGUUGUCACUCCCAGAUUGGUCUAAAUUCCCUCCUCCGCUCACACAAACACAGAUACACACAGAUACAAACGCAACAUGUCCGCUGCCCUGGACCUCACUGGCCCAUCUUCCCCAGAGCAGCAGAGGAGCAGCAGCAGGAUCCUCAGUGAGCCCCUCAGGAGGAGCCUGAAGCAGAGCACUCACCCCUACACUCUCUCCCAGUACAUCUCCAGUAGCACCUCCAGACUGACCCACCACACCUCCAGAGACAUGGAUGUCCGGGCCCUUCUCCACCCCACCGCAGCCCAGCACAUGGUCACCCAGCCUGGGCACACCAAACCCCGCCGGGCCCCCUGCCGCACAGAUCUCUGGGAGUCCCCCAGUGGACUUCACCUGGCCCAUGCCGCAGAGCUGCUGAUGCGGGCGGGCAUGUUGACGCUGACCCCCACCACGGAGCAGAGUCAUCUGGGGCUGGGGGCCAGGGAGGCAGCCGUGGACGGGGAAGGCGGGUCCGGGACUGAGGAGGACUCUGUGGGCUGCGUGACUGACUUCCUUCCCCUGCUCGGGGCCUGGUUCCCCCUUAACCCCGGUCUCCUUCCUCUGACAGCGGGGGCGGGGUUCCUGAUGGGGGGAGGUGGCGGUGUAGCCGCACGGGGCGUGUCCAGGGGACGAGAGGGCAUGGACGGGUCACAGGGCGAGAGCUCGUCCCCCGGGGGCGGAGCCGGAAGGAGGAAAAGGAAACGUUGCGGCGAGUGCGUGCCAUGUAGACGCAGGACAAACUGUGAACAGUGUAACAGCUGUCGCAACCGCAAGACCGGCCACCAGAUCUGUAAAUACAGGAAGUGUGAGGAGCUCAAGAGGAAGCCAGUCACAGGGCUGGAGGCAAGAGGUUCAGACUGCACCACAGGCGUCCUGCGUAGGCCCACUGGAGACAUGGACCACCUCAACAGCAUGUAAUACAACACUUCUGACAAUCAAAGUACUCCACGAAGAACAAAGGGUAUGGCAAUGUACAAUACAGCAUUUGUGAUCUUUUGAUCUAACAAAAGGAUAUGGUAGCCUGCUGUUUAUGUCCUGAAAACUAUUCAGUUCAAGUCUGUAUUCCAUUCUGGGUGCUAUUGUGUAAAGCCUUUUGGGAUUUUCAGACAAGUUGUUGCUUCUAGUGUGUCGUCAUGUGAAUAAUGAUAAUAAUUUUAUAUUCAUCUCAAUAAUGUCUGAAUGAGAACACAUACAAUGUACAUUUCUUACAUACUGCAUCUGUUUGCCUUCUUAUUAAAAGAAAAUAAAU